AUGAUGGAGAAAGAAACUCCCCGGAUGGGGACGCCAAACACGGAGAGAAAUCCCUUCGGCGACGACAGAAUAACUCCUGCUGCAUCUCUGAGAGGGCCCUCUAAUCCUUUUGCUUCACCGGAGAUCUCGAGACCCGCUUCAAGCUAUGCCGACUCCAGUGCGAUGGAGCAGGUACCUGUCGAGCGUGGCCAGAGAUACUUCCAUUCACGCAGAGUCAAGAAGGGCGAGGUUGAAAAGCCUUGGUUACAGAAGAAGGACCCCAAGGAGAAAUGGGUAACCAUUUUACCAGUCAUUGGUAUCUUCCUUGGUCUGGGCAUCUCUGGAGUUCUGGUUUGGGACGGCCUGCGCAGCGUUGUCAAGCACAACUAUUGUAUGGUUCUGCAAGAGGAUUGGUCAAAUGGUUUCAAUAAAGAGGUCUGGACCAAGGAGGUCCAAGUCGGCGGCUUUGGUAAUGGUGAAUUCGAGCAGACGACGGCUACUGACGAAAACGUCUACAUUGAAAACGGUCACUUAUUCAUCAAACCCACGCUUCAGGACGCGUCUCUGAUAGAGAAGGACUCAAUGAUCGAUCUCCUGGCAGACGGCACCUGUACUUCAAAUCAACCCUCGGACUGCAUUGCUGCGACAAAUACUACUACCGGAAACGCAACCAUCGUCCCUCCAACAAAGUCGGGCCGUAUAAUUACCAAGAACGGCCCCGCUACGAUCAAGUACGGCCGCGUCGAAGUCACAGCGAAACUUCCUCAAGGCGACUGGCUCUGGCCUGCCAUCUGGAUGAUGCCUGUUGAGGAUAAGUAUGGAGUCUGGCCCCGGUCUGGUGAGAUCGAUAUCAUGGAGUCUCGUGGGAACAACCAUACAUAUGGCCAGGGUGGAAACAACAUUGUCUCUUCAGCCCUUCACUGGGGCCCCAAUCAGGCCAACGACGCCUGGUGGAGAACCAACGUCAAGCGCCCAUCGCUUCACACAACCUACUCGGCUGGCUUCAACACUUUUGGCCUGGAGUGGUCGCAGAAGUACCUGUUCACAUACGUCAACUCGCGACUCCUCCAGGUGCUCUACACCAACUUUGACCAGCCUCUGUGGCAGCGCGGUAACUUUCCCAACGCCGACAGCAACGGCACUAGGAUCGAGGACCCGUGGAUCCAGACAGGCGACUUCAGCGCCCCGUUCGACCAGAAGUUCUACCUCAUCCUCAACGUUGCCGUCGGCGGGACCAACGGCUGGUUCGAGGACGGCGCGAGCGGCAAGCCGUGGCUCGAUAACAGCCCGAACGCCAAGAAGGACUUCUGGCAGUCCCAGGACAGCUGGUUCCCAACUUGGACGUCCCCUGCCAUGGAGGUGAGUAAGGUCAUGAUGUGGCAGCAGUGCGACGGUGGGGAACUAUAA